UAAAACCAGGAAAUGCAGUGAGAUCAUAUGACGAGUCGUCGUCACUGGUGUGCUUCCCUCCAUACAGCCGACCAACAACAUGGGUUCCAACGACCAAAAUACCUACAUGAUAAUGAUUAUUUUUAUCCUGACGCUUGUCCGGACCGCUGAGGCGUUUGAUGGGGGCGAUGUGGCGGCUCUUCUGCUGGGCGCGACAGUGACGCUCGUGGGCUUCUGCGCGUGCCUGGGCUGGUACGCGCGCAGACAAAACGGCCAGUUUUGAUGAUCAAGGGCCCAAACGGAAAUGUGGCUGAACGAGUAUGGACUGUAUUGCAUUUGCACUGAAAAUAAAAAUCCAGUCUCCUUUGGAAAUGCAUGGAGAGGAUGGACCUGUUGAUUAAAUUGACUUGAUGUGUAUUCCUAUCCAUGUCACUUAUAGGGAGCCCAAGUUCCUUUACUGUCCGCUCCUUUAUGCCAUGUGAAAAGCAUGGCAUAAAGCGUUGUUAAAAGCUCCAUAGUUUGUUACUGCAUCAGAACAAGACCCCAGUAUUAUGCAUACGGUCUCUGAAACACUGCUAUGGACUUGGACAUUGUGUGCUUGGUGUUGGUCUACUGUCAUGUUACAAUCAGUCCAUGACAAUCUGCUUUCAGUAUCAACAUUGUUCAGAGAAAUCUCUCCUAAAGCUGUUGAAAGACUGAUGCUUCCUCCAUCACUUACUGAUAAGACACUUAAUGCCAAUGUGUUACAUAUUGAGUUGAUGCUGCAGUCUUUGUUUGUUUAAUGUAAUAAACUUAAUGAUCUUUAUGUA